GCAUCCGGAGGCCGUCUGGCUCUAUGGUCGGCCGAAAAAAGAGUCAGCUGCGAAGACGGGCCUGGCCGGCCGGGAAGGAAGUUUGGACCCUGUGGCGGUUUCUCGAUGCUGUUUUGGGGCUGGGAAAGUGCGGGGGUGGGGGCGGCGGCGGUUCGGGGACCCUUCGGCGGCGACGGGAGAGAGGUGAGUGGCAAAAGCGGCGAGGGUUGGCUGGAAACCUGAGGGAGACGGGGCGGCAGGCGCGGGUUUGUGGGAGCCGGGUUUGAGGAAAGCCCUGUGGGCUGGUGGGAUGGUCCCUCUCUCCUCUCGGCCUCCCUCAGCGCCUGGCACAACUCUUUCAACACCUUCGCGACAGGCGGAAAACCACCAGGUCUGGUUUCUCCCCGUUAAGUGAUGCAACGACGGGGGAAGCUCUACCUGUCGGGUUUCUGCCUGUUUGCCUUUAAGGAAGCCAACGCACACCCCCUGGAAGCUCUUCUCAGAAAAGGCGCGCCCACGUGUCGGCCUUAAAUCUUUAACCUCAGCCUUUUUAAAGCUUCUGUUUCUGUGGAUCACAGCAGCAGAGGAAGCUGCUUUAUCCCCAGCCGGAACUGUGUGGUCCACCCAGCUCAGGGUUGAUGUCUACACCGUCAGCAGCUUUCCAGGUUGAAAGGGGUAAUUAUUAUUUAUUUAGGUUUCAUGGGGGAUAUUGAAGGGGAUUUGCUUCUGAGCUGUGCUCCUGACCCGCUUGUGGGCUCCCUGUUUAGGCAACUGGUUGUGCCACUGUGGGGAAUGGGAUGCUGGUCUAGACAUCUGACCCAGCAGGGAUGUGACCUUACGAUGGACUUUAGUUAUGAUCCAGUAAGGCAGUUCUUACGUUCUUUGUUGACAGAGCAGGAUCCUGUUCAAAUAAUUGCUGUACCAGUUUUAACAUGCCUGCCUUGUUCGUGUCAAAUAUACGUAUUUUCACCUGUCCCAAACUCCUAGGGUUGGAUAGGUUUAAAAUCUUUAUCAGAAAACAGCAUUAAUCUUGCAAUGCUCAUCUAGUGAGUAUCCUUUUACGGUCUCUCUCUCUCUCCCAUUUCUGUGUUAUCACUCCCAGUACUAUCUGUGCAAGAUACACUUAGGCCCGGGUUUUUGUUUUUGUUUUGUAAUCUGUCUCUGUUAGGUUUCCCGUGCCUCUCUCAGGGCUACACCUGGGAAACCACACCAAAGAAUAGUAAUGUGAAUGCCAGAAGAUGCCAAAAGUACACUUUGGGUUUUGAACAAUGGGUAGAUUGGAGGGCCCUUCCAUAAGCUUCAGUUGGAGUAACAUGUUUUGUUUGGUUGUUGUUCACUUUCAGAUGCUGAUGCGACUGGCCUCUAGUCAGUGAGAUGUGUGCUUGAUACUUUAAGACAUCGCUGGAUUUUGCCUAGCCAGUGGGCAGGCCCCUGCUUCAGCAAUGGCUCCACAGUUCCGCAGUUAUGUUUGGGAUCCUGCUCUUAUCCUUUCCCAGAUCACACUCAUGCAGGCAAUUUACUAUAGCUCGCUUGGGCUCUGGUUGGCUGUGGUGGACAGCCUAGUUCACAACAGCCCGUCCCUUGAUCAGAUUUUCAACUACGAGGUAGGAUAUUAUUCAUUUUGGGAAAUCCUGACAGCUAGAAGAUUUUGAAAACCAACCUUGCAGGCUAAGAGAAUUGUUGUUUACGUCUCCUACUUUUUGGUAUCCAGGGGAAUCCUUGAGUCAGUCUUUCCCAACCUUGGGUAGAAGUUGGAGUUAAAAGUGCAGAUCAGAGUGAAUGGAGAGAUGUUGGAAGGAAAAGGAAUUGACCAGUGCAAGAAACGCUGUCCCUGUUUGGGUUGUGGUGCCUGUAGAUCAGGAGUGGAGGGAAGUCAUGUGAGUGUGAAUAACAGUUGAGAGGCAGGACAGUAUGUCAGACUUUGCCACCACUCUUGACAGCCUUCUCCUUCAACCUCCAGCCACCCCUUUGCUCCUGGCUUCCUGUUCUACACAAUCACACACAUCAUGACCACCAGCUCCUCAGUCCAGAGGAAGGGUGAUCUGGAUUGUGUGUUCCCCUUCUUAAUCUCCAGUAUUUAAACAAGUAUGACAUUAACACAGUUUCGCAGAUUGCAUUCUGUAACAUUUGUAUUUAAAUUUUACAUACAUUUGUAUGCAGAUUUUUGGUUUGCAUAGACAAGUUUAUUACAAGAUCUGUCAGAAAUGAAUUUGCACUUUUGCAAAUGGCUGCCUUUGCGAUAGCAAAAUUAAGAUGAUUUUGUAUGAUCAUUUAGAUAUUGUUUAUUGUGGAGAGGACAUGUUGUGUAUUGAUAUUGCUAAUAGGAACUGAUAUUAUUUCUUUUUUUAAUUUAUUCAAAAGUUUAUUCCCUUGUCUUCCCAUUCAAAAAGAAAAAGGAAAUGCUUAUAAAACAAAGGGCACAUAGUUCAGUGUUAGAACUUCUGCUUUGCAUAUGCAGAAGGUCCCAAGUUCAUUCCCCAACCUCUUGAGUUAGGAAUGUCCCAUGUCUGGGACCCAAAGAGUCAAUGUCAUUUAGUGCAAACAAUACUGUACUGAGUUUGAUGGGCCAAUGUUCUGAAUCGGUAUAAGACAGCUUCCUGUGUUCUUCUAACAACCCACUAUUCCAACACUAUUACCAAACUAGAAAUAGCAUCAAAGAAGAAGAACCCAAAAUGGUCUGUUGUGUGCGACCUUGUAAAAGUUUGUAUGAUGUCAGUAGAAUAUUUCUCCCCCAAAGGGCAGUUUCCUCUACCUACCUUCAUGUGUUUUUUUCACUAUAAUGGUUAUUCCUGGUGUUUAGUAUCAUUUCUACAGAAGAAAACUCUGAAUACAACAAUUCACUUUUAUCACUACCCAAAGUUUCUAGUGAUGUCAGAUCAAGGAUUUGGAUAUAAAUGUUUAAGUAGAGACAUUGUUACAGGGCAGAUCAGCUGUGGGAAAGAUUUGUGGUGUUCUUCCUUUGGAGUGAGUGAGUCUGCCUGGGAUGGUUACAUGCCCAUAAAACAGUCUCUUCAAUGGAGUCUGAAAAGAUAAGACAAAUCUAGAGAGUCCUCUGUGCCUCUCCUUUGCCUGGCUGCAUCUGUCCUUGAGCUAUGAUCAUGCCUUUUGCUUGUCUGGAUGGACAGAAGAGUGUGUAGAAAACUCUUACCUGGAUGGAACGUUGUUGUUUAGUCGUGUCCGGCUCUUCAUGACCCCAUGGACCAGAGCACGCUAGGCCCUCCUGUCUUCCACUGCCUCCCGCAGUUUGGUCAAACUCAUGUUGGUAGCUUCGAGAACACUCUCCAACCAUCUCGUCCUCUGCCGUCCCCUUCUCCUUGUGCCCUCCAUCUUUCCCAACAUCAGGGUCUUUUCCAGGGGCCUCUUCUCAUGAGGUGGCCAAAGUAUUGGAGCCUCAGCUUCAGGAUCUGUCCUUCCAGUGAGCACUCAGGGCUGAUUUCCUUAAGAAUGGAUAGGUUUGAUCUUCUUGCAGUCCAUGGCACUCUCAAGAGUCUCCUCCAGCACCAUAAUUCAAAAGCAUCAAUUCUUCGGCAGUCAGCCUUCUUUAUGGUCCAGCUCUCACUUCCAUACAUCACUAAUGGGAAAACUAUAGCUUUAACUAUACGGAUCUUUGUUGGCAAGGUGAAUGGAAUGUAGCCUAGUAUAAAAAGUGCGAGUUACAUCAGUCGCUUCACCCACUUUUGUCUCUGGCCCCACCCACCACCAGCAUCUGUCUCCUGGAAGGUUGCCUAUGAAGGAAUGUACCUGGAGGCUGAAAAAGACUCUCCACUCCUGUUACAUAAUUUUAUCAAUUGCUAUUGACUACGGCAUCAGGCUAGCCACUGUUUCAAACUGAAUCCGAAUUACGUGGCCCCUGAUAUGAUCCAAUUGAGCUCCUCUUAACCUGCAACUAGCCCUGGGGGUGAAGUGGCCAUGACUGGGGAAGGGAGCUAAUUAACUUCAACAGCAUAUUCCUCCCCAGCCUUAUACUCCUCUGCCAUAACUUCCUCUUUCUAGCCCCAGCUGAGGCUUUGAAGUACAGUAGAGUGAACACAAGCCUAAAUGGCAGAAGAAGACCUCUGUAGAGACAAAAACCCAACUGCUUGUUUCUGCCCCAGUUAUCUCUCUCAUAAGAACACAAGAAGAUCCGUGCUGGGUAUUCUGUCUAGUCCCGUGUCCUGUUUCCCAUGGUGGCCAACCAAGAAGCCCAUGAGCAGGGACAUGAGAACUACUCCCCUCUCUGAAGCUACUGAGUGGAAGUGAGCCUGUAGUGGAUAUUGUGUAGUGGAUCCAGUAGUGCAUAUUGUGAAGUCACAGAAAUUGUUAGGCUGAGAGGAGAGAACCUUGUCUUAGCCCCGGGGUGGGGAACCUUUGUAAGCCCAGAAGCCGCAUUCCUUUUGGGAGAAGCAUUCUGAGGGCCACAUGCUGAUGGUACUAGUGAUGGGCAGGGUGAGAGGCAGACAUGGACAGAGCAGUGGAUGUGAGCUUUACCUUUGUAUAGGAGGCUACUAUCCAGCUAUACAAGGUUUCUCUCAGAUUUUUUUGCGGGGUGCAUGGGACAUUACAGGUGUGAAGAGAGGAAACUGAAGUCCUUGGACACCAGUGGAAGCCCACUUCUCACAACUGAAUUCCACCCAGGGAAAUUAGAGCCAGACCUUCUCAUGGCUCUUGCCAUCAGAUUGACUUUGAGCACCGCAGUACUGUAAUGUAGGUUUCAUUUGGGAUCUCUGUGCUUUCUGUCCUCAUCUCUAUUGGGAGAAUAGGGCAGGAAUAAGUUUGACACCUGCCCAUCUCUGUGGAAGUCUGUCCAAUGCAUAGACAGCAAUGGUUACAAUGCUUCAUGUUUGAAAUAGCAGGACUUUUGCCUGUGCUGUCUGCAACUCUGCUGUUUUCCAACUUUUGUAAGCAGAAAUGAUGACCAGCUUAGGGACUCUGUGGAGCGUGCCUUAUCGCCGCCUGCUGACCUUGGCAAACUGCAUGAGGUAGUGAUUUAUGAUAGCCUGGAUUUUGGUGGCAGUUGUAAGUUUUCAGUUCUGAGUUGCCGAAAAACUGCAGUUAGUGUACUGUGACAGUUGGCCUUUCUAUUCAGUCCUUUCUAUGAAAAUAACUGGAGACAGAGGCUCAUGCAGACAUUGAUUUAUCUUGGCUGGAUUGCCUGUUUUGAAAACUUUAACCACUGAGUUGUAUUUUAGAUCAGGAGGUUCCAGACAGUGGUGUGUGGACCACUAUUGGGCCAUGAACUUCUUGCAGGUUGUCAAUGCUAUGGAAUUUCAAUUGCAAUACAAAAAAAGAAGCAGCAAGAAAAGUACAAUUAAAAAUAUCACAGUAUCUUAGCAGAGUGUAUUACAAAUAGUACAAGUGGUGGGGGGGGGGAAUCAUUUAGUGGCCCACCAAGAAUAUCAGCAAUUUUCAAGUGGCUCAGUGGGGGUGGGGUGCAAGUUUGGGAACCACUGCUUCAGGUCCUUUGGAAUUUCACAAAAUCAAGAAAAUGUGUGUAAUUUAUGCAGUUUCAGAUAGGGAGGAGUGGUUUUUAGCCUCAAAACAUAGACUGAUCUGUUCUGUAGAAGCAAAUGGAACCCACUUCAGCCAUAGGGCAACUUUUGCAAAAUAUAUAAAUCCAUUCUGGCAUUGUAUCAAUAUCCCUUGUGAUUUUAUACAUUUACUGGGGGGUUAUUGUUUUACUUCUAGUUAUGGUAUGUAUUUUUGUGUUUUUAUAUUGUAAACUGCCUUAUUAUCUUCGGAUAAAGGGCAGUAUAUAAAAUUAACUAAUAGUAGUGGUAGUAAUAAUAAUAACAACAACAACAACACCAAAAACUCAGCCCUGGCUGAUUUUUGUAGAUAUAAUUAAACUUGUACAUACAAAUCUGCACUCCUAGAAAAAGAAAUUGUUUUUCUGCCUUGAAGGUAAACGAAGCAUUAUGUGGAAUGGAAUGCAUGGAUGGGGAAGAGGAGUCAAAUAAAUCUUGAGUUGGUUGCCAAUUUAUCCCAGUGGCUGUUUUUCUCCUUGUAACCCUGUGCAGGUUUUGGGGUUCUCCACCUCACCUGGCAGACUUGCCAUGAUGGCUUUUAUCCUGAAUGCACUUUCCUGGUAAGUUGGCUUUUUGAAUGUGCAUUUCUGACACUUCUGAUCGCCAUUUUGUUUCUUUCAAGUACAAACAUUUUUUUUCCAGCAAUCAAAUAUCCUUUGCUGAAAACCGUAGUAUUCUCACAGUCUGUGUUGUAAUGCAGAAGCAGGCAUAGCUAACAUGGUAUCCUUCAGAUGUUUAGAACUACUUCCAUCAGCGCCCAGCCAGCGUGGCCAAUGGUCGGGAAUGAUAGGAGCUGCAAUCCACAAUGUUUGGAGGGCACCAACUUGCCUAAACAUGUGCUAAGGAAUGUUGCGAGAAAGCUGCUUGUAGGAAUUGACUAACUUGUCUUAAGGCUCUGGCUGCCAUUGGUUGAACUGCUCAGACUCUAUAGAUGGACAGGGCAAAAUGUAAGUUCUUGGGGGAAAUGGGUGGAAGAUGAGGGAUAGGAAAAGAGGAAGGAGGAGCCUAAGGAGGCAACAGGCAAAGGGAAGGGGGGAAUCGUGGAAAGCAGGUUUAGAAGAAAGAGUUGCUUGAAGGAAUGAAAGCAAGAAAGGGCUAGAGGAAAGUCUCAGAGAGGUUUAAGAAAUCUGGGAAAAGAGAAUGGGCAAAGAGAGGAUAAGGACACGUGAUCAAGAGCUGCAGGGCUUGGAACAAGUUGGUGCUCCACAUUUCUUUGAAAUAUCAGCCAAAUAGCUGCUGUCCUUUAAGGCAUAUGAGCAUGAGUAUUUAUAGUCUUCCACCCUCCCACAAGAGAGAUAUGUUUUACCUCAAGAGCAGCCAGGAGAGGAAGAGUAGUUGCCAGAUCAAAGGUUUUCAGCCAUAAAUAUUCCUAACAGCCUAAAAAUACCCUACAUGUAAAUAAGAAGAACAGAGAGCUAUAGCCUUAGAGUUCCAAGGUUUAAAAACUUAAUUAAAAAGUCCCCACAUGGAGCAAGCUUGUUUUCUCCAUCUCUGGAGGCUGGGACCCAAACUAAUGGAUUUAAAUUACAAGAAAAGAGAUUUUGACUAAUAAACACCAGGAAAAACUUUCUUACAGUAAGAGCUGUUGGACAGUGGAACAGACUCCCUCAGGAGGUGGUGGACUCUCCUUCCUUGGAAGUUUUAAAGCAGUGGUUGGAUGUCCAUCUGUCAUGUAUGAUCCCAUUGAGAUUCCCGCAUUGCAAGGGGUUAGACUAGAUGACCCUCAGGAUCCCUUCCAACUCUCCAAUUCUAUGAUUCUAAGAUAACUCUUGUACUUCUUAGUGCAGGAUAAAUAUAAAAAUGUCUGAAAACUUUCUGUUGCUGAAUUCCUUCUUUCCUCAUUGCUACGGUUUCAGGUAAAAUAUUUUCUCCCCUCCCCUUUACAGUGCCAUAGGCUUGCUGUAUUUCAUUCGGCGAGGAAAGCAGUGCUUGGAUUUCACAGUCACCAUUCACUUUUUCCACCUGCUGGGCUGCUGGAUUUACAACGCACACUUUCCAACUGCUUUGACGUGGUGGCUUGUACAUACUGUGUGCACGGCACUCAUGGCUGUGAUUGGGGAAUACCUUUGUAUGCGAACAGAACUGAAGGAGAUCCCAUUAAAUUCAACCCCCAAAUCCAACGUAUAGACCCUCGGAAGAUGCUGUUUCUCUCUCUCUCUCUUCCCCACGGCUUCCUCAUCUUGGUGCUAACACAGGAUACGUGAGAAUGUAUUUGAAGCAACCCAGCAUGUCUGUUCUAACUUUUAAAUAAUCUUGCGUGAAAGGUUUGUGAUGCAUCCAUGGGUACAACAUGGGACAAAUCAGAUUUUGAUAAAGCACACUUUGUUGCUUGGGUAGACACACCCAUUUUGCCCAUGCAGCUCAGAACAGAUUCAGCGUUGGACAACAAAGCAACAGGAGCUGGACUGCUUUUGUGAGAUGAACACUGGGUUGCCGGAACUGGAACUGUCAUUUUCUUCAAUAUGGACAAUACCCAGGCAGUUGACUUCACGCAAUGCACAAUAAAAGCUCCAUUCUGCUCCCUCCCCAGUACAUCUCGUAUCUAUUUUCCUUCCAACUGUCUUUUGAAAUUUAAAAAUAAAUAAAUCAAGGAGAUCAGACAAAGUAGGAAGUAUUUCUCACUUGGCUGCUGUGAUUAUAGAACGUUUGGCUAAAGGUGAAGAGGAAAGUGACAAUAUUUAUUGGAUUGUAGAGACUGAUUUUUGGCAAAGCAAAUAAAGACUGUCAUUGUCCAUUGCAGUUUUGCAGCUUAUUGAUCAGGCAGGGUUAUCCUGUUAUUUUAUAUGGCAACAGAGAAGGAAAGAGAGCCAUCAGACAGGAAUAUCGUCCGGGAAGUCACAUCAUCGAAACUUCAAAUCUACCAUCUUCAAGGGAAAAAAUGGCAUGCAGCAAGUUGGCCCGCCGGCCAACAAAGAGGGCUUAGCUGUGGGCUGAAAUGCUUCAGAUGGGCCUUCUUGUUUAUAGUAUUACCAUGAAUGUACUUCCUUUUCUCUGAUCAUCAGAUUCUAGUAUUUAUAAUCAAGGACGCUGUCCUUUUUUGUUAUAGGAGGCUGUGUUGGCAUAUAAAGAACAGCACUAUUAAUGAGUUUUUUAACUGAACCAGAUUAAGAGAAAUAUGCAGCUUCCGAUGUCUCCUACGCACAGAGGCCUGAGUGCCCCUGUCAUACACAGUCAAAACUCUCCUAUUUAAAAAGGGAUGGGAGGUUUGGAAGAGAGAGUUAAUCUGUAACAGCCGGUUGCAGCUGUCAGUGGAACUAUGGGUUUUUCACAAUGAACUUAUUUUCAGACAUGCCACUGAGCCUUUCUUUGUACAUAAAUAUUUGUUGGUGGUAUUGGUUUGUAUAAGUUAUAUUGGUAAGUUAAUGCUUGGCUUGUAAUGGUUAGGGGGAUAAUUUUGCAUAUAGAACUCGAUAAACUGUCUCUCAAAA